UCCACUAUCUCAGCCGCUUGUCACUCUAUCCUCUCCCAUCCCCUCCCUUAUAUAAACCUCCCACCGCUUCCCCUUUCUUCAGCUUCCCACUUGACUUAGAAAAAUCCAGUCUUUUUUAAAGCAAAAUGGCUCUCCGUUCUUUAGCCACCAGGAAAGCCCUAACCCUAGGGCUGAACUCGACGAGGCUGACUCAGUCUCGCGCAUUGCAGACUUUCUUGCUCCCCGAUCUUCCGUACGACUAUGGCGCACUUGAGCCGGCCAUCAGUGGAGAGAUCAUGCAGCUCCAUCACCAGAAGCAUCAUCAAACUUACAUCACUAACUAUAACAAGGCUUUGGAGCAGCUCCAUGAGGCUAUCCAGAAGGGUGAUUCUUCCACCACCGUUAAGUUGCAGAGCGCCAUCAAGUUCAACGGCGGAGGUCAUAUCAACCAUUCAAUUUUUUGGAAGAAUCUUGCCCCUAUUCACGAAGGAGGAGGUGAGCCCCCAAAAGGUUCUUUGGGUUGGGCUAUUGACACAAGCUUUGGCUCAUUGGAAUCAUUGAUUCAGAAGAUGAAUGCCGAGGGUGCUGCUUUACAGGGCUCUGGUUGGGUGUGGCUUGGAGUGGACAAGGAAUUGAAGAAACUUGUGAUUGAAACAACUGCAAAUCAGGAUCCACUAGUGACUAAAGGGCCAACUUUAGUUCCUUUGCUUGGCAUAGAUGUUUGGGAGCAUGCAUAUUAUUUACAGUACAAGAAUGUUAGACCAGAUUAUCUGAAGAAUAUCUGGAAAGUCAUCAACUGGAAAUAUGCCAGUGAAGUGUACGAGAAAGAAUGUCCUUGAGUUAGGAGCCCUUAAUGUACAGAAUUAAGAGGCACCUUAUUUGCUGCCUUUGGGCUGGCAAAUGGAAUAAUAUGAUGUAUUCAAGGGCCCUUUUUUUUCUUGUGUAUCUCCUGUAUGAAAGUCAAUAAUGUUGAGCGUUAUGCUUAAGUCUAUUGUAGCUACUUUGUGAAUUAUACAUGACCCUUGUUUUCGGGUUUUUGCUCGACCACUUGAGUCAAAUACCAUUUCUGGAAUCUUUUCUAUCUGGUCUGUGUUUAGGGUUA